AUGAUGAUGGAGUCCAGUAUCAACAGCGCAACAAUCUCACCACCCUACGAAGAAGAAUUCGAACCAGUUGAUAAUCUUCAUUGGUCUCCACCAGCUUCAAGCAUCGAAAAGAUCGAGGAUGUUAAUAUUGCAAAAUACACUAAAGAUAAUUGGGAAUCUUUAAGACACGAAUGGGAACCUUACGCUGAAAGAGAUACGUUAUGUCUCGGAGCUUGUUUGAUAAAAUACAAUCAAGCAAUGAAAGAAGUUGUAUUUCAGAAUAUUUCCAAUAAUCUAACGGCUCCUUCUUUAUCUUUAAAGGGUUGGUAUUAUUUAUAUCAUUACGAUAAAGAAAUGAUUGAAGAAGAAUGGUAUGAAACUACUAGAAUGGUUCCGAAACACACCGAAAAAGAAAACGUAGAAAAAGUUUACUCACAUACUCACCCUUUUAUAAGAUAUUUUAUCAGACAAAGUAUUAAAGGAGGAAGAGUUUCGGCAAAUCGAAAAUCAUUUGAAACGAAUAAAAUGGAUGAAAAUUGCGCCAUUUUAAAGGAGUAUUUAGAAAGUGAAUUAGAUAGCGAAUAUCCGAGAGCGGAAAGUGGUAGACCAUUUCUACCGGAAGAAAAUAAAGAAUUUGUCAAGCUCUUUAAUGAACAGAAAUUCAGACUUAGAACUGCUAUUUUAAAAGUCUGGUUUGAAUAUCCCAAAAACAUGUUCUUCCAACCCAUACCAGCUAAAGAUAAAAUCACUUUCACGAAUAAAGAAGGUAAAAAGGAAACUGGCACUAAAAUCAGAUUCAGAAAUGGUUUCUGUCACGACGUUUUAACAUCGGUCGAUAUUCAAGAAAUAGUGAAAGCCGGUGGACGAAUUAUUAAAAUAUUAGAUGGUAUAGUUUACGAAGAAAAUUUUAAAACUCCACCCUAUAGAGAUUAUAUUUUUGAGAGAUCUAAGAAAUAA